AUUCUUGUAAGCCUUGCCAAAGCUAUCCCUUUCUUCCUCAUUUCAAAUUUCUUGGCUACCCAGCAGCUUACAAUUGAACCCUUCCUCUCUCUCUCUCUCUCUCUCUCUCUCUCUCUCUCUCUCUCUCUCUAUAUAUAUAUAAAAAUUAUCAAUGAAGAAGGCAAGGCUGCACACCACAUUAAUUUUUAUCAAUGAAGAAGGCUGCACACCACACUAAUUUUGAACAUAACCUACCAUUCGGGAUGGAUCCCUCAGGUCGCCCAACUACAUCUCACGUAAAAUUGUUCGGUCACCAAAGGCCUUUGCACUCGAUGUUCGGUGGAGGAAAAGCUGCAGACAUAAUACUAUGGAAGGAUAAGCGUUUGUCAGCUGCAAUUCUAACCGGUGUUACAGCUUUCUGGUUUCUCUUUGAAGUUGUGGAGUACAAUUUCGUGACCCUGCUCUGUCACUCCCUCAUCUUCACCAUGCUUGCCAUUUUUGCCUGGUACAAUGGAGCAGAACUCAUUCAUUGGAAUCCCCCAAAUAUCCAAGAAUUUCGGCUGUCGAAAUCCAUGUGGAGCUCCUUCUUUGCAAAAACGAAUUGGCUAAUGCUGAAGUUUUAUGACAUUUCCUCUGGGAAAGAUAUGAAACUCUUUUUUGUGACAAUUGCUUUCUUGUGGAUAUUGUCAACCAUUGGAACUUAUGUCAGCUCCUUGAAUUUUUUAUACAUAGGCUUUCUAUGCAUGGAAACUCUACCAGUUCUGUAUGAGCGGUAUGAGAAGGAGGUGGACUAUCUAGCUAGAAGGGGGAACCAAGAUGUGAAGGAACUCUUCAGGAAAUUUGACUCCAAGGUUCUUAACAAGAUUCCAAGAGGACCAGUGAAAGAAAAGAGAUUGUAUUAAGUUAUGUCUCUUUUAUAUAUCUCUCUGAAUGUAGAGACUCAUUGAUCAAAUAAAACUUCUCAACCAAGUUGGAACUUGGAUCUAUUUGUAAACCCCAAAUGUAAGAAUUAACCUCUCGUCAAUUAUGUUGCUAGCAA